UCGUAAAUGGCGACGUACCGAUGUCGAAUGCUCGUAGCGAAUUGGUGAAUCGUCGUACGUGAUGACGGCUCGUCACUGAACCUCGGACGGCGAUGGGCACGCAAAAGCCGGAAGAAUGGGCGAAUUUGCUGAUCACAUGUUUCGAGGAACAGUUGCCGUGUCACAGUGGCCCUCAAACUACAGACACCCGUUUGAACGAAGAAAGAAACAAAAAGUGCUUGAUAGAAAUUUCUCGCAACCGUUUCUCUCUUGUAAUAUCCAGUCUCACUAAGAUACUCCAAAAUGUUACUGAAAUGGUACCCUGUGUUGGGGGUCAACGUAUAUUUCAUAGUACAGACCAAGAUCGGCAUUGCUAUGAAUCCAUCAUCAUUGUUCUGGACACUUUGGAAAAGUGUCUUGCAAAUCAACCAAAAGACACAGCUAAAUUUGACGAGGCUAUGAAUGUAAAGUUUCUGCUUAGAGAAAUAUGCCAAUUUAUAGAUGUACCAAAUGAUAGUCCCCAAAAUACUCAUUUAAAAAAUUUGGCAAGCAAAGUAUUGUUUGCCUUGAGCUUAAACUUUUUCAUUGCUGUGUUUAACAGAAUAUCAUACAGACUUCAGGAACUAGCAAAAUGUGGUGAUGAAAAUGCUGACUAUAGUGAUAUCGAAUUAAUUCAGCAUAUUAAUGUGGAUGUUUCUAGACUAACAAAACUUUUGAAUGAGACUAUACAAAAGUUUAAGCAGCUCAAGAAAUCAGCGCACAUAGUUCUUAUGAAUUCUUUGGAGAAAGCAAUUUGGAAUUGGAUGGACACUUAUCCACAUGAAUUUGCUGAUCUUCAAAAAAAGCCUAAUGAGAAUCUUGGAAAAGCAUGCGAAGAAUUAUUUGACAUUCUUGAUACAUUCGUAGACAAUAAAAAAGGAAGAGCUGCAGCUGUUUGGCCUUUACAAAUUAUGCUUCUGAUACUUUCACCAAAAGUUUUGGAGGAAAUAGUUAAUGCUGAUUCUUGUGUUCCAUGUUCACCAAAACAUUCAAAGAAAAAGCAAUUCAUUGAUAGUGUGAAACGAGGCCUAGGAAUGCAUGGCAGCUCUAGCAGACAGCUAGUAGAAGCUGCAGCAGUGACCUGUAUUAAACUUUGUAAAGCAUCAACGUACAUAAAUACCCAUGAUUCAAACAACGUCAUCUUUACACUUGUUAAACACAUAAUGAAUGAUUUGAUGGCGCUACUUUUUAAUCCAGGAAAGCUUUUCUCUCGUGGUCAAAGCUACGUUGCCCAAGACAUCGACCUAAUGAUAGACUGUUUUGUUAGCUGUUUUCGCAUUAAACCUCACAACAACGAAGUACUUAAAGUCUGCUUGAACCUGAAUUUUCCAUCGACAUACCAAUUUGUCUUAGUUAGCUCAUUAUACAAAAUUAUAACUCAACCAAGACUGUCGUGGUGGCCUCAAAUAGAUCUUCUGUAUUCGCGUAGUACAGAACUUAGGAAUAUGUUCACCGAUGUUUUAAAUAAAGUCACACAGAACUACAUAUCACACACACCAUUGCGAAUGAUUCAAAGUUUAACGCUCAAAGGAAAAGAACAGAGCAAGUAUAGGGAUCGCGGAGAAGAAAUAUCCAGUUAUAGAAAUUUACUCUUAUGGAUGGUGAAACUGAUUCAUGCUGACCCUAUGCUAUUGCUGCAUAAUCAAGGAAAAGCUGGUCAUGAAAUACAGAGCUCUACAUUAGAAUUGAUUAAUGGUUUAGUUUCCUUAGUUCAUCAACCAACAAUGCCAGAUAUAGCAUAUGAAGCAAUGGAAGCAUUAUUAGUAUUACAUCAUCCAGAUAAAAUAAAAGCAUGGAAUCCAGAAGCUCCAAUCAAUACAUUUUGGGAUGUUAGUUCACAAGUUCUCUUCUCGAUUUCUCAAAAAUUGAUACAGCAUCAAAUUGUUAAUUAUACCUGUAUACUGAAAUGGCUUAGAGAAAUAUUGAUCUGUAGAAACGCUUUUCUAGCACAACAUAAGGAUUACGCAAAUGUGGGUAGCCAGAUUGCUAUUUGUAAGCAGGCACAUAUUAAGAUGGAGGUUGUAUUUUUCAUGUACUUGUGGAGUAUAAAUAUGGAAGCAGUUUUGGUAUCGAUGUCUUGUUUCGCAUUGCUAUGUGAAGAAGCCGAAAUACGUUGCGGCAGUGAUGAUGUAGCCGUAACUUGUUUACUCCAUAACUAUCAUUUAUAUCUUGAAUUGGCACAAGCUUCUACUGUGUUAAUUACUGCCAGCGGGGAAAGUAAGAUAUGUUAUCACGAUUAUAAUCAUGAGCGUGCUGCUUUACAAAAAAGAAUUAUGGCCUUACUGAGGAAGAUAAAGCACUGUGUAAAUGGCGUACAACCGGCUUGGGAAGAAACGUUUAGAAAUUGGGAAGUAACAUCUCGGCAGUUGGUGAAUUAUCCGAAGUCUAAAAUAGAAGACGGUCAAAUGGAGUUUCAUCGAAGCACAGGAAAGCGUAGAGCAUCGCAUCAAAAUUCAGAACACGAGUUAGAGGAACAAAUCAAUGAGUGGGCGAACAUGACGGGAUUUCUCUGUGCUUUAGGAGGAGUAUGUUUACAAAAACGCUCUACGAACAGACCAUUAUUAGGCAUGCCUCCUAAUCCCGAAUCAAAGAAAAAUUCUACAAAACAGGAGCAUUGUUUAUCAAAUCCAAGCCAAGAAGUACAAUAUUGUACGCAGUUUGUUUUCCAUUUAUUGCGUUUGCUAAUAUGUAACAAUGAAAAGUUCGGAAAUCAAAUUCAGAAACACGUUAAAGAAUUGGUUGGCCAUGAAAUGAGUCCUGCGCUCUAUCCAAUACUUUUUGAUCAGAUUAAAAGCAUCGUCGAGAAAUUCUUUAAUCAGGAAGGACAAGUUGUGGUAAUGGAUGUUAAUACUCAGUUUAUUGAACACAUAAUAUUUAUCAUGAAAAAUAUAUUGGAUUCGAAGACAGAACAGCCGUCUGAAUAUCUCGGUAUGACCAGUAUAGAGGGAAUGAUGUUGGCAAUCGUCAGAUACGUGAGACAUUUGGACAUGACUACUAUACAUUCUGUACAUAUUAAGACAAAGUUAUGCCAACUUGUCGAAGCGAUGAUGAAAAGACGAGAUGAUUUAGCAUUUCGGCAAGAAAUGAAAUUUAGAAAUAAACUUGUGGAAUAUUUAACUGAUUGGGUAAUGGGAGCUACUCAUCAGAUUACUCCGUCAACUAGUGGUGACUUAACUGUUUAUACACGGGAUUUAGAUCAAGCGUGUAUGGAAGCGGUUGGAGCGUUACUACGUGGUCUUCCUCUACAACCGGAAGAAUCUGAUCGUGGUGAUUUAAUGGAAGCAAAAUCUCAAUUAUUUUUAAAGUAUUUUACUCUGUUCAUGAACUUGUUAAACGACUGCAAUGAGGCUGCUGCGGAAGAAAAGGAGCUUGUAUCUCAGCAACCACGUUUAACCAGCGGCAAAUUGUCUACUUUACGGAACGCUACCAUACAGGCAAUGAGCAACCUCCUUAGCGCAAACAUUGAUAGUGGUCUGAUGCAUUCGUUAAGUUUGGGCUAUAAUCCUGACUUGCAAACAAGAGCAGCAUUUAUGGAGGUUCUCACUAAAAUUCUGCAGCAAGGAACAGAAUUCGAUACGUUAGCAGAAACAGUAUUAGCCGAUAGAUUCGAACAGUUGGUUCAACUUGUUACGAUGAUUAGUGACAAAGGAGAAUUGCCAAUUGCAAUGGCUUUAGCUAAUGUUGUAACAACGAAUCAAAUGGAUGAACUGGCUCGAGUCUUUGUGACACUGUUCGACGCGAAACACUUACUAUCGCCACUUUUAUGGAAUAUGUUUUAUCGCGAGGUCGAAGUUUCCGAUUGUAUGCAAACGUUAUUUCGAGGAAACAGUCUUGGGAGCAAAAUUAUGGCGUUCUGUUUUAAAAUUUAUGGCGCGAGUUACUUGCAAAAUUUAUUAGAGCCUUUAAUCACACCAUUAUUAGAUGAUCCGACAACUGGCUUUGAAGUUGAUAGUGCCAGAAUAGACACUAACGAAGAUAUAGAACAAAAUGGACGGAAUCUUAUAGCAUUAACGCAGAAAGUGUUCGAUGCUAUAGUAUCUUCAGCUGAUCGGUUUCCACCACAGUUGCGGUCGAUGUGCCAUUGUCUGUAUCAAGUACUGAGCAAGAGAUUCCCGCAAUGCCCCCAAAAUAAUAUUGGAGCUGUCGGAACUGUAAUAUUUUUGCGUUUCAUAAAUCCAGCAAUCGUGUCGCCUCAAGAGAUGGGUAUCGUGAAUCAACCUGUACCUCCUCAAGUUAAAAGAGGUCUCAUGCUAAUGUCUAAAAUACUUCAAAGAAGAUUUUUCAUACAGAUAGCGUCGGAUUGUGAAACGGUAGAUCAAGCUAGUCAUCCGAUGUCGUUUGUAUCGGACGCGAAUGUUUUAGCGUUGCACAGAUUGCUUUGGAAUCAUCAAGAAAGAAUCGGCGACUAUCUUAGCAGCAGUCGCGACGAUAAAGCGGUGGGCAGAAGACCUUUCGAUAAAAUGGCUACGUUGCUGGCGUACCUCGGCCCUCCUGAACACAAACCAAUAGAUUCGCAUUUAUUGUUUUCCUCGUCUUACGCUCGGUGGUCAAGCAUCGAUAUGUCUUCGACUAAUUUCGAGGAAAUUAUGGUGAAGCACAAUAUGCAUGAGAAAGAAGAAUUUAAGAGCAUCAAGAAUUUAAAUAUCUUUUACCAAGCUGGGACUAGCAAACAAGGAUAUCCUGUGUUUUAUUAUAUUGCAAGACGUUAUAAAAUUGGCGACACGGACGGCGAUUUGCUGAUAUAUCACGUUAUUCUCACCCUAAAACCAUUUUGUCACGCUCCGUUCGAAUUGGUUGUCGACUUUACCCACACAUGUUCGGACAAUCGGUUCAGAACAGAAUUCCUACAAAAAUGGCUGUGCGUGUUGCCCGAGGUCACGUACGAAAAGAUUCACGCCGCAUAUAUUUACAAUUGCAACAGUUGGGUAAGGGAAUACAUAAAGCAUCACGACAGGAUCUUGGCACCAUUGAAGAACAACAAAAAAGUCAUCUUUCUCGAUGGACCGGGUCGUUUGAAUGAUGUGAUCGACAUUGACCAACAAAAACUUCCUGGCACCACACUCUCUCUCGACGAAGAUUUGAAGGUUUUCAGCAGCGCUUUGAAACUUUCCCAUAAGGAAACCAAGGUAUCCGUAAAAGUUGGACCAACUGCUAUACAAAUUACUUCGGCGGAACGAUGCAAAGUACUGUCGCAUUCCGUUCUCUUGAAUGAUGUUUAUUAUGCGUCUGAAAUUGAAAAAGUUUGUUUACUAGACGACAAUCAAUUCACAUUAACCAUUUCAAAUGACACCUGUCCAUUGUCCUUUAUUCACAACGACCGUGAUAGUAUCGUUCAGGCUAUAAUUCAUAUAAGAAACCGAUGGGUACUGUCACAGCCGGAGUCUGUGUCUGUUCACCCGAAGAUACGACCUAAACAUGUACCUGGAACGUUAUUGAACAUGGCUUUAUUAAAUCUCGGCAGCUCGGACCCGAAUUUAAGAACAGCAGCAUACAAUCAGUUAUGCGCUCUAACCGCGACGUUUGACUUAAAAAUAGAAGGACAAUUAUUGGAAACAUCUGGACUUUGUAUACCGUCGAAUAAUACGAUAUUCAUCAAACACUUAAGCGAAACAUUAGCUGCCAAGGAUCCACACCUCACGCUGGAAUUUCUGGAAGAAUGUAUACAAGGAUUCCGGUUGUCGAGCAUUGAAUUGAAACAUCUGUGUUUAGAAUAUAUGACGCCAUGGUUGAAUAACCUUGUGCGAUUUUAUAAGCCGAACGAUGGAGGGGGAAAGCGUCAGAGACAAGUUACGAAGAUUUUAGAGAAAUUAAUUACGUUAACCAUCGAGGAAGUGGAAAUGUAUCCAAGUAUACAAGCCAAAAUAUGGAGCACAAUUGGAAGAUUGCCCGACUUAAUAGACACAGUUCUGGAUAAUUUCAUUCAGCGUAGUGUUAGUUUCGGACUUGGUUCCCCAACGGUAGAAAUAAUGGCUGAUACAGCUGUUGCUCUGGCCUCUGGAAAUGUUCAGUUAGUGGCGACGAAAGUAAUAGGGAGACUCUGUCGAGUUGUAGAUAAAACCUGUACAUCUCCGACUCCGUUGUUAGAGCAACACACGAGAUGGGAUGAUAUCGCUAUUCUAGCAAGAUAUUUAUUAAUGUUGUCUUUCAACAACUGUCUGGAUGUAGGAAAACAUCUGCCCUAUUUGUUUCACACAGUAACGUUUCUCGUCUGCUCUGGAAGUUUGAGUAUGCGAGCUUCCACUCAUGGUCUGGUUAUCAAUAGCAUUCACUCGCUUUGCACCUGUAGCUCACCCUCGUUUUCAGAGGACACUUACAGGAUACUACGCAUGAGCUUGGAUGAGUUUUCGCUGCCAAAGUUUUAUUUACUGUUCGGUAUUAGUAAAGUGAAGUCUGCUGCGGGUACAGCAUUCAGAUCUAGUUACCGACAUUCGAACGAGAAAUGGAUAAGCAACGAGCGUAGUGUUGCGGGUACGCACGAUAAAGAGAGACUCUCGUUGACCAGUUUAGAAAUUAUUACGGAUGCUCUCCUUGAAAUUAUGGAGGCUUGUAUGCGAGACAUUCCACAGUGCGAUUGGUUGAAAACUUGGACCUCUUUGGCUAGAAAUUUCGCGUUCUGUUUUAAUCCAGCCCUUCAGCCAAGAGCUCUGAUUGUAUUCGGAUGCAUCAGUAAAAGUAUAAUCGAUCAAGAUAUGAAACAGUUACUAAGGAUACUCGUGAAGGCGUUAGAAAGUUUUAAUGAUAUUACAUUGCUUGAAGCAAUCAUCAUGUGCCUCACUCGGUUACAACCGUUACUUAGACCGGAAUCUCCAAUACAUCGGUAUUUAUUUUGGGUCGCAACGUCAGUUCUUCAGUUGGAUGAAGCAUCUUUGUACGCAUGUGGUUUAGCACUUCUUGAACAAAAUUUACAUACUUUAGAAUCUCAAGGAAAUUUCGAUGACAAGAGACUGGAACACGUUAUGAUGUCUACUCGUGAACCUUUAGAAUGGCAUUUCAAACAGCUGGAUCAAGCUGUAGGACUGUCAUUUAAAUCUAAUUUCCAUUUCGCGUUAGUUGGACAUCUUCUGAAAGGAUAUAGACAUCCUACACCAACUACUGUAACAAGAACAGCCAGAGUACUAACUAUGUUAUUGGGUAUUGUAGCCAAACCAUUCAGAAGGGACAAAUUUGAAGUAACACCUGAAAGCGUAGCUUAUUUGGCUGCAUUAGUGUCCGUAUCUGAAGAAGUAAGAAGUCGAUGUCACAUUAGACACUCGGUUGGAAAAAAUGCAGAAUCCGAUAGUACAGACUGUCUUGAUAAUUUGCUUUCUCAUAAUACAGAUGCAUCGUGUGCAACCUCUAGCAAUCCGACAAAUCGUCGUCAAAAAUCAUGGGAUUUACUGGAUCAGUCUGCACUCACUCAGGCUAGGCAACAAAAACAGUAUUCAACGCAUCAGCGAUCCUUUUCUGUACCGUCUGCUAAGGAAACAAAAUCCACCGAAGAAGCGGAAUCGAAGAAUCGAAGUGCCAGAGUAAGUGUCAGUAAUGAAAACAAUGUGCUGCUCGAUCCAGAAGUACUGACAGACUUCUCAACUCAAACUUUAGUUUUAACUGUUUUGGUAACCUUAGUAAAGAAUUCGACCGAUGAAAACGAGCAACGGAUACUUUAUGAAUAUCUUGCAGAAGCGUCUGUAGUGUUCCCAAAGGUAUUUCCAGUGAUUCAUAAUCUGCUCGAUGCAAAAAUCAACAGUGUGUUAUCCACCAGUCAUGAUCAAGGCAUACUAAACUCUGUACGAGCAAUUAUACAGAACAUGAUUGCUUGCGAAGAUACAAGUCAGCAGCAGUUACAUUAUUUACAAAGCUGUGGAUUUGGCGGAUUGUGGAGAUUUGCAGGUCCAUAUACAAAUUCUAAUUGCACAGCUAAGAGCGCUAAGUUAUUCGUUAAUUGCUUGGAAGCAAUGGUAGAGACGUGUCUACCUAUCGAUGAAACUGAAGGAUCGAGCAGUAACGAAGUUCCGCCUGAAAAAAAUAAACGAGCAGAUACCCAAGCCUCUGAAGUCACAUCAAAAAGCAAAAGUUCUACAUAUUGGAAUGAUCGAACCAGUGCACGUACUGUUCCAGAAAGAACGGACGAAUCUUUUCGAAGUACUGCAACUGUUAUUCACAGAGAUAAUUUUAGUCGUAGCACUGACAGCAAAGGGGAUAUUUCGCUGGAUUCUAUGAGCCAAGGAGAGAAUACCAGUAGUAGUAGCAGUUCACAACCUUAGCAAUUAGUGUGUGAACCUGAAAAACAGUGCAGUAAACAUGGGCGAAAAGGGCUAGUUGGUCGGAAAUUACAACGACAACUAAGGAACGCAAACAUUUUGGCACCGUGUUAUUGCUGCAGCAUGUCGAAUCAGUUUAAUCCAAUGCCGUCCACCUCACAUUAACAGAACCCACUGGAAUGGAAUUCAACACACACUUACCCCCUCGGUAGGCUCUUGUUUUGUUCGUUAGCCGUAUGUAUCAAUCAGCCGUAUGUCUCUGUAUUAUUUUUGGAUUACGCAUCCAACCCGACAAUUAAUUAUACAUUUGUAUAUGUAACAGAACGAACCACAGAGUAUGGAGCCAAACCGUCAGCUCUUGUCGCGACGUUACUCAAUACGAAUAAACGAUUCUUGAACACGGAACUAUAAAAUAAUUUUAACAUUUAACAUAGUUCGUAGCGUCACGGUAGGAACGAGAUGUUUAUCCAAAUGUUUCUAACCCUUUACAGCUAAAUAUUUUUAUAUUAUAGACGAAUCUGUUUCUAUUUCUGAGCAGAUUUAAUAUAGCCCCAUGUUGUUAGAAUAAAAUUAUUAUAUACAUAGUUUAUCA